UUAGGUCAAAAUCACAAUCUUAUCGAAUUAACAUUCCUUCUAGUUUUGGGGAAGGGGAAGACAAUUUGAGAGGUGGAGAGCAAUGGAAGAAGACAGUGACGGCCGAUCAGGUAAAGCGAGAAUGUUAAUAGAGAAAGCAACAAAUUCAGUAGAACCAGAAGUCAAUCCUCGACUUGUGAAAGCUAUUAAAUUUGUCGUUCGUUCUUCAGACUCCGAAAUUAAACUAGCAGUUGAAACCCUAAUGGAAAAUAUGAAAAAAAAUCACUCUCAGGUGAGGUAUUUAGCGCUUUUCAUAGUUGACGAAUUGUUCAUGCGGUCGAAGCUGUUCAGAUCUCUCUUUGUUGUGAAAUUUGAUCUAUUUUUGAGUUUGAGUAUUGGCUUCAGAAGAGAUCUGCCACUUCCUGCUCCUGCACCUAUUGCUACCCGUUUACGCUCUAAAGCUACUGAGUUCCUGGAGAAGUGGAACACUUCUUUUGGGCUUCAUUACAGACAAAUUCGAUUGGGGUUUGAUUAUUUAAAAAACACCCUGAACUUUCAGUUCCCUAAUCUUCAGGCAAAUGCAGCUCGGAUACAGCAAGAGAGAAGGGAAAGAGAGAUCAGAUCAAAAGAGAUUUUGUUGAAGAAGUUUGAAACUUUAAGUCAAAAUCUCUCAUCGAUUAAGGAUGAGAUUCAAAUAACUGUUGAAGAGAUAAGGCAGUGUUUAGACAUUCUUCGUACGAAUGAAGCUGAUGACACCAUGCUGGAUACCCCUGAAGAGGAUGAGGUCGAGGAUUUCAGGUGUUCCUCCUUAAUGGAGAUUCGCCUCGAGUCCUUGAGAGAAAGUGAAAAGCUACGUGAGACCAGCGAGAAUAAGGUGAUAUUUGAUGCAUUAAGGGAAUUGUACAAGCUCCUAGUAACAAAACACUUGGUUUCAGUGCAAGAGUGGAUAUCUGUUCUUAUUAGAGUUGAACCAGAAGACACCAGUUUCAGAGAUUCCAUGUUAAGAGAAUUCAUAGAUUUACAAAAUCAUCUCAAGUCGGUGAGAAAGACAUGCGAAAAUUCUGGUUGUGCUCUUACGGAUUCAAAAAACGACAAGGAAGAGGAUUUCUGGGAGGAGGGUAAGGUAGAAGUAUGCAGUUACGGAAGUAGCAGCACGCCUGCAAAGGCAAACAAAGAUGCUGCCUGCACGUCGGCUGUCAUUACAAAGUCAAAUAUAACCCCUAGACAGAUUACUGAUUCUAAUGCCAGCAAGAGGUUAGAUGGAGAAGAUGAAGACUCUGAGUCAAACCCGCUAAGGAGAAAGCUUCUGUCUGAAGCUCCAGUGGUAAAUUGGGGAUCUUCCUUGUCUAACUGGAGAUCAAACCGGGAUGUUUUGGCUAACCAAAGAGGAUUAGAGCUUGAGGGUCAUUGGGGUAGGGUAGAUUAUGAUGCGGUUAUUCCAGCGGAAAAAAUUGCGGAGUUGAAUGUUCAAGCAAGUGUAUACAAGGAAGAGCAUGUUGAUAUCCAACCGUGCCUUGCUCCUCUGAGAAAAGGAGGAGUCUGUCAAAGAAGAGAUUUAAAGAUAUGCCCAUUUCAUGGACCCGUUAUACCUAGAGAUACUGAAGGAAAUCCAAUAAAUCAAGUUUCAUUGGCAGAAAAGGAAAUUACCAAAAUGGAAACUGAAGAGGUUAUUGCUCAACAAUUAGCAGAACAGGCAGUGAAGAAUGUUAGGGAAAGAGAGAAAGAUGAAGUAAAGAAGAGAGUGACUGAUAGGAAGUUGUUGAGCCGUGCGAAACUUGCCAAGGUGCGUGAACACAAUGAAGUUGUUCUACGUGAUGCUGCAGUUGCGUCAACCUCACGCUCUGCAUUUGUUGGACAAGAUGGGGAAACACAACAUCAGACUACAAGAUCUUCUAUAAAGGGUAAAAAACCGUCACUAGCGUCUAUGCUGCGUAAGAAAGUAACCUCAAAAGAUAGAUUGUCACAGAGACUUUUAAAUACACGUGCUACAGAUGCUACAGUAAGGCAGUUAACCGUUGGUGAAGAUUCCAAGUACAGAGAGGCCUAUCCAAAUCAAUGGAAGAGAACAUGACUAUUUUUGGUUUUAUGCCUGUAAUCAGAAGGUCUAUUAUUAAUACUUUUCAUUAUUUAGCUUUACUCGGAGCUGUUUUGUCACCAUAAUGUCUGUUAAUAUUCAUUACUUUCAUACAGGGUUACUAGAUUGUUGUAGGAAUAAAAAUUGGUGCCCUCUAUUAGGGUUGAAACUUGAGAGCUGUAAUUUUCUGUAAACAGUUUGGUUUAUUAAAAUUCAAUUGCGAUUC